CAGUCUUUCUCAUUGCUACUUUCGACCAAUUCUGUUCUGCUGAACUGUCCACUACUGAACUUCUAGUCCAGUUGCCUUUCACCAGUUGUCUGAAGUCAUUGCUCGUUCAUAGUCUUGCUAGCUUCAUACUAUGUGGGCCAGUUCCACAUGGGGAAUAUAACUCUAUUGACCUCUUGCAUUCGCAAAGAUGUGCCCCAUUUCUUACUAAUAGAUUAUUCGCUAAGAAUUUGAAACUUCUGAUAAUUAGCAAACAUGUUCCAGUACAGAAAAUUGCACAUAUGUAUCUUUAAUAUGGCGCACGAAAGUUAAAUAGACUUCAAUAAAACCAAAAGCUAGAGAAGUUAUUAUCAGGAUCAUCAUCAGAAAAGUAUUUCGUAUUCUUUCACUCAAGGAUUCGAACUGUUUGCCAAAAUAAGGGCUCACAGUGGUGCAUGUACUAAUCGGCCCCGCGAAUAUCACUAGUGGACGACGUCAACUGGUUGGUACAGCAUGUGAAUUGGUAACAAUAUUUUCCUGGUGACGGCUAAUUGUUGGUUUUCUGGACAUCUGUAUAAUUUUUUUCCAGUGAUAGUUCAUACAAUGUUUAUUCUGGUUUCUUCCCAGCCAACAAGGUCGUGCCUACGCUUCUGAGACUCCUUAGGUCGUAUCGACAUGAACUCCACUGUGUUGGAGGAUCAGUCAGAUGAAGAGCUGCCCCUAUUCCGUCCCUUCACCAGGGAGUCUUUGGCGGCUAUUGAGGCUCGUAUUGCGGAGGAAAUCGCCAGAAAGAAGGAGCAAGCCCCAAAAACGGAAGAGGGGGCGGCGGGAUUGGCGGAUUCGGACAUAUACACUUCCGCCCAUACGGAAGAAGACCUCAAGCCUGAUCCUCUACUAGCGGCUGCCAUGCCCCUACCUAAAUCACUGCAUUCUCAGCUACCCCUGGAACUAAUCGCCACUCCCGUUGAGGACAUUGAUCCAUUCUACGAAAAUAAAUUGACGUUUGUUGUCAUCAGUAACGGUAAAGAUGUAUUUCGGUUCAGUGCCACUAACGCCCUCUGGAUCCUGAGUCCUUUCAAUCCCAUCCGUCGAGUCGCCAUCUAUGUACUCGUCCAUCCUAUAUUUAGCUUUUUGGUCAUUAUUACCAUUCUCAUUAACUGCAUCCUCAUGACGCUGCCCUCUAACGAAAAAAUAGAACAGUCCGAAAUCAUCUUCACAACAAUCUACACUGUUGAAUCUGUUGUAAAGGUGACUGCUCGUGGUUUUAUACUAGAACGCUUUACAUAUCUUCGAGAUCCCUGGAACUGGUUGGACUUUAUCGUGAUAACAUUAGCGUACCUGACAAUGGGAGUUGAAUUAGGUAAUCUGAGUGCCCUCAGGACGUUUCGUGUACUUAGAGCCUUAAAGACAGUAGCCAUUGUUCCAGGUUUGAAAACCAUUGUUGGUGCAGUGAUAGAAUCUGUAAAGAACCUGAAGGAUGUGAUUAUUUUGACAGUGUUCUCAUUAUCUGUUUAUGCCUUAUUGGGUUUACAAAUAUAUAUGGGUGUUCUAACUCAAAAGUGUGUUGAAAUUCCACCUGCCAACUUAUCUCAUGCAGAAUAUCCAAUCUUUAUAAGUAAUGAAAGAUGUCUGUAUUCACCUAACAGUACUGGAACAUCAUACAAAACUAUUCUGGAAUGUAGACCAAGUGGGUGA